AUGGCAGCGCCAGUUGGAACGCAUGUGAGUACUCGGACUACCCCACGAAAAGUAUAUCCUCUGGGGAACAUUUGCCUUAUCUGGGGGUUUUCAUUUGUAAGCAAAUCUGUUGACACUGAUGGCAACAUUAAAAUCAACAAAUACCUGGACAAAACACUUCGACUUUCCACGGACCGAAUGGAAGUUUUGAAAGAUGUGUACGGAAUUCCGGAUAGUGUGGUGUAUCCAACUGAACCAGGUGUGUGUCAAAAGUGUUUCAGAAGUACCGAAAGAGUAUUAAAACUGGAAAAGGAAGCAGCAACUAUGAGGGAAUCUGUUAAAGCAUCUGUUCAACUCACGCUCCAAAGAUUUAAUGUUUGUGUGCCUUCCCCCUCUAAAAGAUCCAUUGAAAAGAGAGAAAUAAGGAGCCCAUUUAAAGAAAAUACUGAUGUAAAGAGGGUUCGACCAGAUGAUCCACUGUUAGUACCUAUCAGAAGGGUAAUGCCCGUGAAGCUGGUACAACUCCAGCCUACCAGCGCUAAUGUAAUUGUGGAUACCAACAAAGCACGGCGAUGUCUUGGUGGGGACUUUUUGAAACAGCGACCUAUGCAUGUGUGUGUUCACUCCAAUCCCGUGAACCAAAAAAAGCAUAAUGUUCAAAUCCCUCCAAAGAAGUCAAAAUUGAAAGAGAAGAAAAGAGAUCAGCUCCAGGAUUACUUGGUAAUGGUAUUCAAGCUUGUCAUUCUUCACAAAAACUUGGACACAGCUGUAGAUAUGGGAGAUGGAGAGCGGGCAGUCAGGUCAGCUAAGUAUGAACUGCCUCUAUAUAACAAGACGAACAAAGUCAAAUACCUGAUAUGA